AUGGACGCAGUGUUCGGGUGCCCUGCACAUGGGAACUCUACUGAACGCCUUGAACCACCUGUAUCUGCGAUUUGGUUCCAUUCUCAUGGUAGAAUAUGGGUACCUUUUCCCGACGAGGACAACAAUGCUCUCGAAGAAGCGUGGCACCGCGUUAAGGAUGAGUUGGUUCAGAGGGCGCGGGCUCGUCACACAGACAAUCAACAGCGCAGUCCUCGUAGCUGGCUCACAACAUCACUUUGGGGCGAAUCGGCGUACAACACCGACUCCGUGCUGCCACCGCGGCCACCACGACCCAUGCCCAGUGAAAAGCAGACUGAGCCUACAUACCGGAUAACGGAUCCCGAUGAACCCGCAGAGCAACGACGAUUUCGCGUACCAGUACUGGAAGACAGACUGUUCGAUGUAGACAUGGAACACAUGAUUGUACGUACCGUGCAAGUGAUAAGCACUGACACUCAGAUGUAUCCUGCACUAUGGGCCGGCUACGAUCAACAAGUGAUUAGGGCAACGUGGUUCUACGUCGCGUCGGAUGGCGCUUGCUCCCCUAUUGCAUGCAAUACGCGGUUAGAAGAGGAUAUUGUAAAUGCAUACAGGACGGCAGAACCAUGGCGUCUCGAGCAUCGGCUUAAGGGAACCCUUUCGAAAAGCCGAAGGGAGGAUCAGGCGGUCCAAUAUGACUUACCCAGUGUCGUUAGUGGCGCAAAGAUCCAAUUUAUCUCGGCAUAUUCAGCUCGUGUAUAUGCACAAAAUAUUGGCAGCAAGCUUUUCCCAUUUCUUAGAGAACCUACUCUUGUCCGAGGCUUUGAGAAUGCCCGUGAACUCAGUGAGCGCUUGGGAUCUAGUACUCGACUCUCAACUUGGACAAGACGCCCUGAAUCAACCUCACCUCGCCGAACACCAGCGGCUUCAACCGCAGCUUCUGCUGAAGACGUGAGAGACAAAGACACCAUUGAGAGAUUUGGACCAAUAUCAGAAGAAGAUUCUAACGCAACUGGGAUUAUAGGUGACAGAGCUACACCAGACCCGUCUGUAUCACCAUCGUUAUGGGUACCUCUCAACGAAGCAUUUAUGUCGCGAGCGUGGGUCUCACGCUCACCAAGUACUAAUCCCCGUGUUCGUGAUAUAAUCGAAGAUGCUCGUCCACAGGAUCCAUUUGAUGAUGACUGCUCUAUGCCAAGCACAUCCGAUCAACCGCCGCAACUUUUAUUUUGUAUCCAUGGAAUCGGACAGAAACUGUCUGAGGACUAUGCAUCCAUGCAUUUUGUACACGAUUUGGAUCGGCUCAGAACAAUCAUGCGUGCUCAAGCGCAAGACAUUGAACUCAAGCCGCUCUUGAAUGGGGGGAGAGUCAAGCUUAUUCCUAUCUGUUGGCGCCGUAACUUGCAAUUUGACCCAGAGCAAGAAUCUUAUACCCUACAAGACAUCGUAAACGCCACUUCAAUACCAAGCGUUCGCACGGUAGUGACAAAAGUCUUGCUUGACAUACCGUUUUACUUUUCCAGGCAUCAUGAUCUCAUGGAGCGCAGUGUUUUGCACGAAAUGAAUCGCCUUUACAGGUUGUUCGUACAGAGGAAUCCUGGCUUCGAACAGAAUGGAGGCCGCGUGUCUAUCCUGGGGCACUCGCUCGGAUCUAUGCUUGCCGCUGAUAUCCUUAAGGAUCAACCCACGUUUGUGCGCCCUCUACACGAAACCGAUGCUCCAAACAUUCAUAUGCUAUCUCCCCACUUACUGUUCAAUGUGCGCCAUUUUUUCUGUAUUGGCUCGCCGUUGCCUCUUCUUUACUACAUGAAUGGUGCUCGCCUCAUAGCUCGGCGUCGCUAUGAUGAUGAUGUGGAUGACGCAACGUCUGCUGAAGUCGGAAAGAUGGGAUGUCUUGCGUCAGAAUCUGUGUACAACGUAAGUUCUGCGCCUAUCCUCCCCGAAGUCACUAACUCUUUUCAGCUUUACAUCGCGACAGAUCCCAUUAGUUUCCAGAUGUCUGCUCUUGCUGAUGCACCUUACUCACGCAUUGUAAGGCCUGUUCAUUUACCCCGUGAUCCCAGCUUGCUAAUGGAUGCACUCGAAGAGCCUCGUGUAAAUGUGGGCAAACUUCUUAUGCGUGUUGUGAACGAGAAACAAGUGCCAACUACCUCCGGAACUCAGGAUCAGAAUACAGUGCCGAGUACUCCCCGCUCCCGACCAAUACCUCUUGAGGAUAUGGAGCGUGGUGAGCAGCGAUUCAACGCACUUAAUCCAAAUGGUUGUAUUGAUUAUAUUAUGGACGUUGGAACGUCUAGCUCGGUAUGUGUGCGCGUGCACCAAAGUAUGGUCUGA